AUGAGUCAAGAAAACGCACUAUCAAAUCUAUUAUUUCGAUUUGGGCAAUUUUGUGCCAUUUGUGUUCCAAAUAUCACAAGAAGAAAUUCUAAAGUACCAUGUUGGUACAUUCUGUAUACUAUUGGAGUUAUAGUAAUUAUUUGCUGUUUAUGUAUUUGGUCUAUUUUCAACAAAUUGAUUCAAUUUCGAAGCUACAGCUAUUUUAGUGUGUUUGUGUUUGAUAUUGUUACAAUUGUAACACUAACAUCAGUUAGCAUCUUGGUAAUUGUGAAUGCAGUUUUUGUCAAGGAGAAACGUAUAAGAGCGCUUGUAAUAAAAUUAUCAGAGAUUAAAGAAAAUGGGAAAUUUGCAAAUAAACAAACAAAGAUUGCAAUUAUAGAACUUGUAGCUGUCCAUUUAGUGUUAAGCUUUUUGUACAGUUAUGAUUUGUUUUCUAAUGGUAUUAGUUUUGGUUGGCACGCUUAUAUAUUUGAUGUGCCAAAUUUUGUCAAUGAAUAUAUCAUAGCCAUUGAAGUUUUAUACAUUUGCAGCUACACUGUUUUAAUAAGACGUAUAGUAUCAGACUUGAAUACGUCUUUAAUCCAUUUGUUGCAAAACACAGAUAAAGAAAUUUUGAAAAAAUGUCAAGAAAUGAAUAUCAAGUUAUGCAAUGUGAUUGACGAGUUUAAUGAAUGUUUUGGAUUGCAAAUUUUAGGAAUUCUGUUUGUUGGUGUCAUUUAUACGACUUACACAAUCUUCUUGUUGUUAAUUUAUGGCAGUGGAAGUGUAACACCAGAAAAUGACGUCAGUGUUAUAUACGUUUUGAUUUUAUAUAUCCUCGUGUCGCUUUUAUAUAUGAUAUUUGGAAUUAUGAUAACAAAAGCUUGUGUGUCAACAAGCAAUCUUAUACAACGCACCCCAAAUAUUUGUUACAAGUUGCUUUCCAAUAUUAGUAUAUUUCCAAAAUCUUCCAAUGAUCAAUUGUUGCGAAAAGAAUUGAUACUUUUUGCUGAACAAUUGAGUCAAAGACAAGUCAUGUUUCAAGUGGGAGGGUUUUUAAAUAUUAACUACGGGACUUUGUAUUCGUUGUUUGGGUCCACGGCAAUGAAUGUUAUAAUUCUGCUGCAAUUUCAAAAGCAAGGAAAAUAUAACUAA